CACGGUGACCUGUGACGUGUCAGAAGUUUGGGCAUACGUCAUCAGUCUUUGUCGAACAGUUGUAGCAGCAGCUAAUCGUGCAGGAAUAAACGCUAAACGAUACACGAUGCGAUAUCAGACACGGUUAUUUGUAUGAUCGCUUAUCAGUUCACGAGAAGAUGUGUGAUCUGCGCGCGGCGCUCGUUCACGAGGGCUGGUAUCUCACAGAUGAAGGAAUCGAGGAGUGUAAAAGUGCUUCAGAUAAUCAGAAAGAAUCACUCGCUCACAUCAUUCAAGCAGCAUUAAAUACUGAUCUGAGACCAAUAGGAAAGAGUUUCCUGCCCGCAGACAUCAAUAGUGGCCGAAUAGAAAAGUUGGAGGGUCCUUGCGUUCUUCAGGUACAGAAGAUUCGUAACGCUUCGGCUCCUAAAGAUCAUGAAGAGUCCCAGGCGGCACCCAGAAUGUUGCGUUUGCAGAUGACAGACGGUCACGUUACCUGCAACGCCCUUGAGAUGAAACAGAUGACUAAAAUCAGUCUGAACACUCCACCUGGAACCAAAGUGAAACUUCUGGGAAACGUGGAGGUUAAGAAUGGGAUCCUGUUAUUGGAUGAUUAUAAGAUCUCUGUUCUUGGGGGUGAAGUGGAUCACAUGAUUGAGAAAUGGGAGUUCCAGAGGAGCCUCGCCAAACACAGCCGAAGAAACAUCGCAGCUGAAGGUGGACCGCCUCCCUUUGUUCCCUUUGGACAGAAGUGCGUUCAUAAGGAGCAGGUGGACAGUAAAGCUCUAGACCAGCGGAAAACCCUUCAGACCACCAACGCCAUCAAAAACGCCGACGACAACGAUGAGUUUGCCAAACAGAGAACGGCCGCUAUUGCGGAGGUGGCCAAGAGUAAAGAGACUCGUACGUUUGGCGGUGGAGGUAACGCAGGUGGAAAUCUCACCAAUCCAGGUUCCACCUACAAGAACCGAGACGCUUAUCAGAGAAAACGAGAUGAGAAAGAAAAGCCCUGGACGGAGAACAAACCAGAAGGAGUUUACAGAGAUUUGGUUGAUGAACGCUCUCUGAGAGACAUCAUGGAGAUGGGUUUUAACCGAGAAGCAGCCCGACAGGCUCUGCUGGAUAACAAUAAUAACUUAGAGGCAGCACUUAACUUUCUGCUCACCAGAACUAACCAACCCAAACCAGUCCAGACCGAUCAGAGCCGUCCGCCAGCCCGAGGAAAAGGACGUGGACGUUCACGUCAGGGUGAGGAUGAGGAGGCUGGAGGAAGACCGUCAGCUCCCAGCACGCUCUUCGACUUCCUGGAGUCAAAAAUGGGAACGUUUUCUAUUGAUGAGUCAAAGAACCAGUCUUCACAACAAGAUCACCAAACUAAGAUGAGCUUCAUCAACACUGACCAAACGUUCAGAGACGGCUAUCAGCCCAGACAACAACAACAACACCCUCCACGAAAUGAUGGAAGAUCACAGAGAAACGACAGACCUCCACGUUUCCUGAGGGAUGGAGACUUUCCAAAACCCAACCCAACGCCCUCCUCCGCGCUCUCAGGGCAACAGAAAUGGAGAGAUGGUGAGAGAACCGUUAGUGUUCAUUGGUCGAGAUGUCGGGAUGAUAAAAGCUCACGUGUAAACUCAUCUUUCUCUGCAGGGAGGUCCAGGGAACAGCAGGGUCCUUCUGGAAACUUCCAUCAGGGGUCGAGGGAACACGCGGGGUCUAAAGGAUUCCAGCAGGAGUCUCACGGUGGCGGAUGGAAAGAGCAGGACGGGCCGGGAAGAUCCGAUCCAUCGUCGUUUAGGAAGAACCAAGCGAACGGUCCGUCUGCACCCAAGUCGUUAAAUCCCGCUGCUCCAGAUCCUAAAGGUAGAUACGAGACCAACAACAGAAAGAAAGGUAGACCAGAAAGGCCCAAUUCAAGCUACAUGGAUCGUACCCAAGACGCACCGGGUGGCACGACCACGAGAAAAGACUGUACAGACGAUCAGCUGGUGAAAGGAGGCGGAGUUUCAAACCUUCAACUUCCUAACGGUGAUUGUGAACACAGACGAAGUGGUCCCAUCAAACCCCAGUCCACAGGAACAUCUCAGAAACAAAGUCACACGCAGAAAAGAUCAGGACCAAUCAAAGGUGCACCGGCGCAUGCAGUCGACACACAGAAUCAUGGCAACUGGAAACCUGGUGACCAGUGUCUAGCGCUUUACUGGGAAGAUAAUAAGUUUUACCGUGCGAGGAUCGAUGCGGUUCAUCCCUCGGGCUCGACGGCUGUGGUUGUGUUCAGUGAUUAUGGGAACUGUGAAGAGGUUCUGCUUCAAAACAUCAAACCUCUGAAUGUGGACGUAUGGGAAGAUGAAGAUGUUUAUUAUGAGAAUUCUCUAGAAUUUCGUCGAGGAGGAGACGGACAACCUCGCCGAUCUCGACCGACACAACAGUACUACCAACCGCCACGAGCGAGGGACUGACACGCAAACACACAAACACAUACACAGCUUCUCCAUAGCUAGACAGUCAAUUAGUUUGGUACAUCAGUAACUAGUCGUUUUGGCAAACUAACACCCUUAACAUGUUAGUUCAACUCGAUUCAGGACUAGAUGAAUUUUCUUUAGUAAUGCAUUGAGAUGUUUUCUCCUCCUGCAGUCUUGUCUGAUCAUCGACAGGAAAGCCGUGGAGAUAUGACAAAAAUACAAACACUUCACAAUAAACCUCAGUUUAUUAACAUUACUUGGUUAACGUGAACAAUAACAGUAUUCCUAUGGCAUUAAUCUUAGUUCAUGUUCAUUUAACCAAUGCAUUUAUAAAAUCUAAAGUUGUAUGGGUUAACAUGAGUUGAAUUUACAUAAAUGAACAAUGAAUAAUUAACCUUAUAAAAGAUGAAUAAAUGCACUAGCUGUUUAUUGUUAGUAAAUGCAUUAACUAAUAAUGUUUAUAACUGAGACUUUAUUGUAAAGUGUUACCAACGUUCUUCUCCACGAUGAAGUUCAUUCUCUUCCCAGACUCUUAUUACUGUCAUAAAAAUAACUCGUUCACAUCAUUGAAUAAAAUGUGUGAAUAAAAUGUUUAAGUUGUAAGGUUUAUGGUGGUAAUGCCCGUCUGCUAAUUUAAAUCUAAAUUUUGGCAUUAUUUUAACACUAUUACAGUAAUGAGAAUCUUACAUUAAUUACUAUUAAGAAUGAGAAUGACAAAAAAAAAACAUCUGAGAAGAAUGAACACUGAUGCGUUUUAUUGUCCAGAGAAUAACACAAUGCAAGAUCACAAAUCUCAAUUAGGGCUGUUAAAAAAUUAAUCGCUUACAAAAUAAAAGUUUGCAUAAUAUAUGUGUGUGUUUGUUUGUAAUUAUUUUGUAUAUAUAUACCCAUAAACACACACACAAAAGUUUGCAUAACAUAUGUGUAUGUGUUUUAAUUAUUGUGUGUGUGUUUAUGGGUGUAUACAUACACACAAUAAUUACACACAAACACACACAUAUAUUAUGCAAACUUUUAUUUUGUAUGCGAUUAAUCUUUUGACAGCCGUAAUCUCAAUGGCUCAAAAAAAAAUGUAGGUACAUGUUUAUGCAAAAUGAAUUUUUUUAUUUGAGGUGAAAUCUGAUCUGUGAGAUUCACCCAACAGGCAUGAAGUAGAAAUGAGGCGAUGUUUAUGAUUUCACGCCUUGUUUAAUAUCUGUGAGAUGUUUGUGUUGAGAAUUAUUGAGAAGUAUGAUAAUCUGAUCUCUGGUUAAAGAGAUGAAAGGUCAUAUGACAAAAGUGUCUGAUCUCUGUCUCUGUAAGGGCUGAAUCCAUCAAACCUGGACUCUUGUGUUCAUGCCAAUGGCUGCUGUAUACAGUGAAUAUUUGUAAAGGAUUGAAUUAUUAAAGCGCUAAUCCUUUUGUUCAAA